AUGCAUCUCAUUCUCGUCGGCGCGACUGGUCUCGUCGGCUCUGCAGUCCUCUCUCACCUGCUCUCACUUCCAGCGAGUCAGAUCGGUCAGAUUUCCAUACUGACUCGAAGACCUGUCCCCUUGGCCGAAGGGCACCCGCAUGUCAAAGUCAUUGAGCACCAUGAUUUCACCUGUUUUCCGCCCGAGCUUCUUUACCAGCUGAAAGGGGCAGAUGGCUGCAUAUGGGCAUUGGGAACAUCACAAGAUCUUGUGAGUAAGGAGGAAUAUACGAAGAUCACGGUGGACUACACGAUCGCUGCGGCGAAAGCAUUCUCUACCCUUUCGGACCCUUUCAAGUUUGUCUUUGUGUCAGCUGAUGGGGCAACAGAAGACCCUGGAACUCUGACUCCAUUCUUCCUGCGUGCAAAGGGCCAGGCCGAAUCCGCCCUUCUCGCCCUUCGAUCCACGCAUCCUUCACUCCGCCCUUACUCCCUCCGCCCAGGUUUCGUCGACAAGUCCUCUCAGCCCGAACUCUCCAAAUGGCAAAUUCAGCGUCCAAUGCCGCUUCUCAAGAAGCUCAUACCAGUUCUGGGUCCGAUAUAUCGUACAAUCUAUCCGAGUGGGACGACUCCGACGCCGCAAUUGGGAAAGGUGCUCACGGAUCUGGCGAUGGGGGAUGGAGAGCACCUCGAAGGUUCUGGUAUCGUAGGUGGAGGGAGAAUCAUUACGAAUCUCGGGUUCCGAAGGCUGGCAGAGCUUUGA